GUCGGUGGCGUGGGGGACGAGUGACGAGGGUUUGCGGUGUGAGUGAUGGAGCCCUUAGUGAGGGGGGCUGUGAGAUUGGUGGCGGCUUCUCCGAGUUGGGUGAUUGGUUCGGUCCUUUUCAGGCUUUUGCCUAUUUCGUGUGUGUGUGUGUGUGUGUGUAAGUAUUGUGGGAACUUAACUCCAGGUGUGUUCUGAUAUCAGAUCUCGUAGUGUUGGUCCUUGAGACUUGUUCACUUGAGGACGGCGAACGUGCUUCUGGAGCAGCCGUAGUAGGUGGAACCGGCACGUUCGGGGAGAGACUCUGCAGGCAGUGACUGACUGGGAGUAGGAGCUUCAGGGAUGGGAGGACUUCGAGGGGCCCCUUGUAACAGCGGGAAGCAGUGUGGGGGACCUACAGAACUCAGAAGGGUGCUAAGGCAGCAUAUGGGAGCCGAUGGACUGCAGGUCUGGCCGGGAGGUCCGUUAUGGGGGUUUCUGAGGCCUCCUCCUUGGCUCCCUGUGGAAAGUGGUAAGGGUCAGUAACUGGCACUUGAGCAGAUGGAGGAUGAUUUCCUAUUGGGGUGCAUCAGUUGGAGCCCCGUGUUCGGGAUUAUUCCAGGUUCUGUGGAAAUCCCACUCCCUGGGAAACAUUUAUUGGCAGCCAGCGUAGCCUGGCUAUGCCUGAGACGGGGAGGCAUUCCGUGACCUUCAGGCAGUCCUGUGGUCCACUCCUUGGGGAUAUCUGGAGGACUUCCUGGCUUUGCAGGGCCCCUGGGUCAGACCACAUCAUUCAGGCUGCAGGUCUCCACAGCCCAGCCAGACUCUCGCCAGCAGCUCUGAUUGAAGCUUCUAGAUGCCCACCGAGCUUCAGGAUCCUGAGAAAAGUGGAGCUGUCAGCAAGAGAAACCGGGAAGUGAAGCACAGGGGAGACAUGCCUGCCAAAGAGAAUUGGCCCCAAAGAUCCCAGGUCCUGAGUCCACAGGAGCAGGAUGGACCAUGUGAGGGAUCAGUGUCAUUUGAGGAUGUGACCAUGGACUUCAGCAGGGAGGAGUGGCAGCAACUGGACCCUGCCCAGAGAUGCCUAUACCAGGAUGUAAUGCUGGAGAUCUACAGUCACCUCCUCUUCGUGGGGUAUAACAUUCCCAACCCAGAGAUCAUUUCUAGGAUGGAAAAAGGAGAGGAGCCAUGGAUGAGAGAAAUUCAGCUCCCACAUCAGAGGCAUCGAGAAAGGGCAUUUGGGCUUAAAACUUCCCAACACAAAAUGUUUGAAAAAUUUUUAUUUCACAAUGAAGUCAUAAGAGACAGUUCCUGGUGUUGCAUUUCAGAAGACCUGCGGGAAGAUGCCAGCCGUGCAGUGAGGAAUCAGCAGAAGCAAAAUAAUCCUGCACAGCAUGGGGCUUUCCUCAACAGGAAAACACUGGAUACAGGGAGAGACUGUGAAUGUAAGAACCCCAGAAAAAUCAUUCAUUUGAAGCCCUACCUUGUUUCUUCACAAAAAAGAUCUCAUAAACAUUGCUCAUUUGCAAAAAGUUUGAAGCCUAACCUAGAAGUAAAUCAUCAGAAUCAAAGUGACAGCACAAAACACCUCAAUGAGCUUGUUGGCCCUGGCCAUCUCUUCACCCAUAGCUCUUCCAGUGCUGGCUGCAAGCAUAUUCAUCCAGGAGAGAACUUCUGUGAAGGGAAUCAAUGUACGAAAGACCUCAGCCAUAAACAGUCACAUAGCCAACAUCAAAUUCGUAAUCAGGAGAAACCUGAUAAAUGUGCUGAAUGUGGGAGGGGCUUCCCCCAGAAGCCACCUCUUGAGCAACAGAGAUUCCAUAGUGUAGAAAACCUCCAAGAGUGUGGCAAAUGCACUAAAGGCUUCACCCCACAACCAAAGCUUGGUGUGUAUCUGACAAAUCACACAAGUAGCAUUCCUUACAUCUGUAAGGAAUGUGGGAAGGUCUUCAUUCAGAGAUCAGAACUGAUUAGUCACCAGAAAACUCACACUAGAAAGAAGCCCCAUAAAUGCCACGAAUGUGGGAAAGCUUUUUUCCAGAUGUUAUCCCUCUUCAGACAUCAGAGGACUCACUCUAGUGAGAAACUCUAUGAAUGCAGUGAAUGUGGAAAAGGCUUCUCCCAGAAUUCAACCCUCACCAUACAUCAGAAGAUUCAUACGGGUGAGCGGCAGUACACAUGCGGUGAAUGUGGGAAGGCCUUCACUCAGAAGUCAACACUCAGCUUACACCAGAGAAUCCACUCAGGGGAGAAGUCCUAUGUUUGCAUUGAGUGCGGGCAGGCCUUUGUCCAGAAGGCACACCUGACUGUACAUCAGAGAGGCCAUACUGGAGAGAAACCUUACCCAUGCCACAGCUGUGGGAAAUCCUUCAUUUCCAAGUCACAACUUGAUAUACAUCACCGAAUUCAUACUGGGGAGAAGCCUUACGAAUGUAGUGACUGUGGGAAAGCCUUCACCCAAAAGUCACACCUCAAUAUCCACCAGAAAAUUCACACGGGAGAGAGGCAACAUGUAUGCAGGGACUGUGGGAAAGCUUUCAACCAAAAGUCCAUACUCAGCAUGCAUCAAAGAACUCACACUGGGGAGAAACCUUACAAAUGCAGUGACUGUGGGAAAGCUUUCACUUCCAAAUCACAGUUCAAGGAGCAUCAGCGAAUUCAUACCGGAGAGAAACCCUACGUAUGCUCUGAUUGUGGGAAGGCUUUCAAUGGCAGGUCAAAUUUCCACAAACAUCAGAUGACACACAUGAGAGAGAAAACUUUUGCCUGUUACAAAUGUGGGAACGCCUUUGUCCAGAAAUCAGAGUUGAUGGCACAUCAGAGAACUCAUGUUGGAGAGAAGCCUUAUGAAUGCUGUGACUGUGGCAAAUCCUUCAGCAAGAAACCACAGCUCCAAGUGCAUCAGCGGAUUCACACAGGAGAGAUGCCCUAUGUAUGUUCACAGUGUGGGAAGGCCUUCAACAACAGAUCCAAUUUUAAUAAACACCAAACGACUCAUACUAGAGGCAGGUCUUAUUAAAGCAGUUAUUGUGUAAAAA